AUGGCGAUGGCGCCCUCUGAGGAAGACGAGUGGGAGUACGAGUAUGAUGAAGAAGAGACCGAAGACUUUUAUAUUCCCAUCGACCUAUCGAAUGUUCCUGAGCUUCAAGCUCCGACCACCGAGCCUAAGCAAAGACUUGGACACCCAUGGCUUCUGAAAACGAAACUACGAGCAUUCUACGCCAACCGCAAAGGAGCGGCAAAUUUGCAAGCCAGAACGUCUAUCAACAAUCCCGAAAAUCCCGAAAAUCAUGACUCCAUGGGUGAAAUGCAACUCAUCGGCCUGCAUACACCCAAUCCACUGAUCAUGUACAAUGGUCAGUUGCUCAGCUGCCACUGGGCAUCUGCUAUUGGGACUGACUUUUUAUUCACCAAACCUGAUUCAGUGGUGGGAGACGAGGAGAGGCCAUUGCGGAACUUACCAGAUGUGGAUCUGAUUGGUACGAGCUCGGCAAGGCUGGUCGCUAGAGUUGGACAACUGCGCCCAAAGGACGAAGCUUUAGAAAGGAUGAGCAGUACGAGACAAGAUGAACAGACUAGUGAAUUGAGGGUUUCAGAUUCGAGUGCUCCGGAUGAGAUAGCGGAUGAGCAACAUGACGCAGCGAUGGCAGGAGGUACCGGAGAAGCUAGUGCACCAGCACCAUCUACUUUCUUAGAGCGACUGAAUGCAGCCAAAUCAAAACGAGGAGACAAGUCCAGGCUGAUGGUAUCAACUUCCACCGGUCAGCCUCAUCUUGUAGCUCAAAGUGUUGUAGCAAAUCCAAACUCGGACGACACUGUCAUGGAAGAUGCCUGA